GAUCGAUAUAUCCACUCUCACCCCACUUUGUUUUUUCGGUGAUCAGAAUUUGAGAAUUGGAUUGCUUUAGUGUCGAAGCGAAGAAUCUGUCGAGAAAAUCACUUUCUUUCUAUCUCAGAGAUUCCAUCUUUCUUUCUCUCCUACCCUUUUUAUUUUGGACGAUGCAUGUUGCCUUGCUCACCUCCUCCUUUUCUUUCAAGCCGUCCGUCAGAUAAUUCCUUCUCUUUCUCUCUCUCUCUCUCUCUCUCUCUCUCUCUGUGGUGUCCAUCCUUUUCAAGCUCCCUUGGUGAUUCCGGCGAAGCCUAGACCUAUACAUAGGAGCUUUCAUGACUCCCUCAGGUGUCAACCAGCUCUCUCACCCUUGUAUUUAUGGGGAGUUUGUUUCUUCAUACGCAGAGAGGAAGUCACGCUUUAUGAAAUGGCUGAGUAAACUUUUCAGGACCGGGAACAAUCGAGGAGGAACUGCUGGCAAUCGAAAUCCGCAGCUUAUUGGUGACGAAAACAUGUUUCGUGUGCCUUUUAGAUCCGUGGAUGAGCGGUCUAGAACCCAGAAAGAGAAAGAAGAAUUAGACCAUGCAAUCGCACUCUCUCUUGCAGAAGAUUCAAGGAGGCCAAGUGGAUACAGAUGGCAGGAGAAAGAUAAAGAGCUUGCUAGGUCACUUCAGGAUAGUCUUAAUCCACCUAUAUAUCCUCCAUAUGCUCCUCCAGUUCCUCAGUAUUAUCCUUAUGGAACUAGAACAUGUGGAGGUUGUAAACAAGAUAUACUUUACGGUAAUUAUUUGGAAUGCAUGGGGACAUUUUUUCAUCCUCAGUGCUUCUGUUGUCGUUCUUGUGGUCACCCAAUUGUUGAGAAUGAGUUUUCUCUAUCAGGGAGGGAUCCUUAUCAUAAGUCCUGUUUUAAGGAGCUGGCUCCUCCAAAAUGUGAAGUUUGUCAUCAAUUUAUUCCAACGAAUCGAGCUGGUUUGAUUGAGUUCAGAUGUCAUCCCUUUUGGUCACAAAAGUACUGUCCAUCACAUGAACAUGACAACACAGCUCGUUGCUGUAGUUGUGAACGAUUAGAGUCGUGGGAUGCGAGAUACAUUUCAGUGGGAGAUGGAAGGAGUCUAUGCUUUGAAUGUAUGGAAUCUGCUAUCAUGGAUACUGGUGACUGUCAGCCAUUGUAUCAUGCUAUCAGAGACUAUUAUGAAGGAAUGAAUAUGAGAUUAGAUCAGCAAAUUCCUAUGCUUCUGGUCGAAAGACAAGCGCUUAAUGAAGCUAUUGUUGGGGAGAAGAAUGGCCUCCAUCACAUGCCGGAGACAAGGGGCUUAUGCCUAUCUGAGGAGCAGACAGUCACCAGCAUACUUAAAAGGCCGAGAAUCGGUGGGCAUCAACUUAUUGGAAUGAGAACACAACAUCAGAAGUUGACUCGAAGAUGUGAAGUUACUGCUAUUCUUGUUCUCUAUAGUCUCCCAAGAUUACUAACAGGUGCUAUUCUAGCUCAUGAGUUGAUGCAUGGCUGGUUACGGUUGAAAGGCUACCGCAAUCUGAAUCCUGAAGUAGAGGAAGGUAUCUGUCAAGUGCUUUCAUACAUGUGGCUUGAAACAGAAGUAAUGCCAGGAUUUAAAAACAUGCCAUCCACGUCAACAUCUGCAGCUUCUUCUUCCACUCCCUCAUUCUCAUCGAAAAAGGGUGGAAAGUCGAAUGUGGAACAGAAGCUUGGUGAAUUCUUCAUGCAUCAGAUUGCCAAUGAUUCCUCCCCAGCAUAUGGAGGAGGGUUUAGAGCAGCUAAUACAGCUGUCAAUAAGUAUGGUUUACGUCGUACUCUGGAUCACAUUCGUCUCACUGGAAGUUUCCCUUUGUAAUGGGAUAACAAUAUGAUCCUUAUUCCUCUGUCUCCUUCAAUAUAAAUUAUUUUGCCAACCCCAAAGGACUCAGCUCAUCAAAGAAGCUCGACAGUCAUUUGAGGAUAACACAUCCAAAUGCCACUCUUACCAAUAAUAAUCCAAACCCUU